AUGGGCCUGGCCGUGCUCGAAAACACUAAAGGCUCGGCCCUACAACUCGGAGACCUCCCUGUCAUUGACGCCGUGCUUCUAAGUCACGAAGAUCACCCCGAUAACUUGGACGAAAUCGGCCGGCUUCUUCUCGACGGCCGCAGGGUUCUCACGAGCCAAGACGGAGCCCUGCUUCGUGUUGGAGGACAGGACUUUGAGGUCACUGGAGUCCCGUGUCAGCAUCUUCCCGGAGAAACAAACGGCUUACCCAACAUCAUCUAUAUCUCUGGCGACACAGUCUACCUCGAGGAGAUCCCAAAGCUAUUGGAGAAAUACCACGUCUCCGUUGCAAUCCUCAACGUUGAUGCAAUAGAGGUCGCAAUAUCAGAUCCUCCUCUGCUGGUCACCAUGGAUGGGAAACAAGCUGCACGGCUGUUUCGCGAGAUUAGGGCAGAUGUUCUGGUGCCGAUGCACUACGAAUCAUGGGCACACUUUGCGGAAAACGGAGACCAGCUAAGGGCGGUUUUUGAACAGGAAGGCAUUUCUGGCCAGGUGCGCUGGCUAGAGCCGGGAGCCAAGACCAAGAUAUUUUAA